AUGCUGGUGCACAAGUGCAGGCACCUCAAAUGGCUCGUUGCUUUCAGCCUUUGCCUGGGACUCAUCUUGCUGUCGGGAUUCUUCCACGUGGAGGAUAACAAUUCCAUCGUGGCGAGGAGGCAGGAGGAGCUGGCGGGCGCGCCGUGCCGCGCCAGGACCAACGUCAUGUUCCUCAAGACGCACAAGACAGCCAGCAGCACCGUCCUCAACCUCCUGUUCCGCUUCACCGAGAGGCACGAGCUCACCGUGGCCCUGCCAGCCCAGCAGCUCCUGCACCUGGGCUACCCCAGCAGCUUCCUGGCACACUUUGUGGAGGACUUCCAGUCCAUAGGGCAGAACUACAACAUCAUGGGCAACCACCUGCGGUUUAACCCCUCGGAGGUGCGAAAGGUGAUGGCAGCCAACACCUUCUACUUCUCCAUCCUGAGGAACCCCAUCCGCCUGCUGGAGUCUUCCUACGUCUACUACAAGAACGUGGUCCCUGCCUUCAGGGCCUCCAAGGACGUCAACGAGUACCUGGCCUCACCGCUGAGGUAUUACUGGCGGGCGGACCGGCAGCAGAACAUCUACGCCAGGAACAUCAUGUGGUUUGACUUUGGCUACGACAACAACGCCGAGGACGACGGGAGGAGCCGCGAGAGCGUCCAGGCCCUGAGCCCGGAAAGCGAGGAGAGGGUGAAAGCCUGGUGCUCCCUGGACUGGGAGCUCUACCUGCACUUCAACCAGAGCUUCUGGAGGAGGGUCGAGGAGGCCAUAGGGCUGGAGCAGCUGCACAAGGAGGUGGAUGAGCUGCGAGCGAGACAGAAGGAGCUCAUGGAGACCUGUCUCUCGGAGCAGGAGGCGGUGGGGAAGGACCACAUCAAGGACAAGGCCCUCCUGCCUUUCCAGUCAGGGGCUGCAAAUAUCCUUGGGUACAACCUCAGGCAGGACUUGGACAACAGGACUCUCAGAACGUGCCAGAGGAUGGUUAUGCCCGAGCUGCAGUACAUGUCCCAGCUGUACAGUGCUCAGCACCCGCACAAGAGGAGGAAGCAGCUGCGGCUGCCCCUGCCAUGAGCCGCUUUCCAGCAGGAGAUGCAGCUCCCUGCUCCCAGCCAGGGCCCACAGCAGCCUGCUGUGCUUUCCCACAGCCCACAGCUGGCCCCCAGGACCCUGGGUGUGAGAGGGAGACGGGGGGGAGGUUAUCCAGGGCCUUGGUGGGUCCCUUUUUGGGUACCUUAGAAUCACAGACUCA